ACAUUGAAGAAGAUACUAACGACGAAACCGAUGUUGAAGAUGAAAUUGUUGAAGAGUAUGAUACAAUUAUGUCAUCAUCGUCAUUAUUAAAUUUUAAUUAUUUGAAUCUAUAUGGUAUUAUUCUGGAACCAUCAUAUAAUCUUCGAUCAUUUAUGAUUACAAAAACUGGAAUUAUAACUUUAAUUACCUUCUUUUAUCAAGUAUUAACGUAUUUAGACAUUUUUCAAUUUCAAACUUUCCCAAAAAGUCAACAUUAUGUUAAAAAACUUAUUGCGCAACCAAACUCUGUUCUUAAAUAUACUGUAUGCUUACAUUGCUAUUCUCUUUAUUUACCCACGGAUUUGCCUUUAAAAACUUCAGGACAUACAAAAUGUCUUAAAUGUGAAAAGGUGUUAACAAAAGCUGUUAGAAGAUCGGGAGGGAAGCUUAAAUAUAAAGUUAAAAUUGCGUCAAUAUUAGCAAAUGAAUCAAAUAAAAAAUUAAUAGAUUCACCAUUUAAACGACAAGUUGAAAAGGGAGUAUUAGGUGAUAUCUAUAACAGGAACAUUUGGAAAGAAUUUUUAGAUGAGCGAGGACAACCUUUUUUUGUAGGAGGCAGUACUAAUAUUCGAAUUGGAUUAGCUUUUAACCUUGACUAUGAAAAUCUCAUUCUCGUCGGCAUUAUACCUGGUCCAAAGGAACCCGAUACAAAUCAAUUGCAAAAUUAUCUUCAGUCUAUAGUAAAUGUGUUAAAACAACUUUGGAGCAGCCAGCUAUUUAAAACUUCUCAAUACCUAAUUGGGCGUAUGUUUCAUUGUGCGUUGAUUCAAAUUGCAUGUGACAUACCAGCUGCGCGCAAGGUUACAGGACUAGCUCCGCAUUCUUCAAAACAU